CUUGUGUUCGUUCAGUUCGUUCGUUACUCGUUAGUUGUGUUUUAGUGUAAUUAACGGCAACUUUGUGAAGUGUUUCGAUUUUGAUUGUAAUUUCGGUUUGAUAUUAAUUUUCGUUGAAUAAUCUUCAUUUUAUCUGAUUAUCGGUUAUUGUCACUUGAAAUAUAUUCUCAAUUUUUAACAUGGAAAUUGGGUCCUCGUCAACGGGAACAAAUCCAAAUGGCCCCGCCGCCUUAGGAGGAACGAAAAAAUUACCUUUUCAUUUACAAAGUUCACAUACCCGGCUACUAAUCAAAAAUGGUACCGUGGUCAAUGCGGAUAAAACCGAAGAAAUGGACGUUUACCUAGAAGAUGGAAUAAUUAAACAGCUCGGAAGAAAUAUGAUAAUUCCCGGAGGUACCCGAACAAUCGACGCAAAGGGCAUGUACAUCAUUCCAGGUGGCAUUGACGCACAUACACAUCUGGAAUUCGAAUUCAUGGGCGAAAAAUCAGUCGACGAUUUUUAUACAGGGACAAAGGCAGCAAUUGUCGGUGGAACUACAACGAUACUUGAUUUUGCUAUACCUCAAAAAGACGAAUCGCUGAUACAGACGUAUAUGAAAUAUCGUAAAUUAGCCGACGGUAAAGUAUGCUGCGAUUACGGAUUACAUAUGGGUGUAACAGCGUGGAAUGAAAGUGUCAAACAAGAGAUCAUGGAUUUGUGCAAAAUGUACGGCGUGAAUUCGUUCAAAAUUUUCCUAGCGUAUAAAGAUUUAUACAUGAUUAACGACGAAGAAAUGUACCACGUAUUUGAAACCUGCAAAGAACUAGGAGCCAUUGCCAUGGUGCACGCAGAAAAUGGCACUCUUAUAAAAGAGAAUACAAAAAAAUUACUCAAAGCCGGAAUUACUGGACCGGAAGGACACGAACUGUCUCGUCCCGAAGAAGUCGAAGCCGAAGCCGUUUUCAGAGCUUGUGUAUUCGCUAACCAGGUCGAAUGUCCGCUAUAUGUAGUGCAUGUAAUGAGUAAAUCGGCGGCCAAUGUGCUGGCGGCCAAACGACGAGAAAAAGCCGAAAGUCCGAAGAAAAACAAGCUUUUCGGAGAGACACUCGUGGCGGCCGUUGGUACUUAUCUCAAAGAUCACAUUUGUUUAAAUUUCCAAGACGGAGCCGCUCACGUACUCGGACCUCCUUUAAGGCCGGAUCCGUCAACGCCUACCGAAUUAUUAAAAUUACUCGCCUCGGACGGUUUACAAGUAGUCAGUAGCGACAAUUGUACGUUCAACGUGAAACAAAAAGCUCUCGGAUUAAAUGAUUUUUCGAAAAUACCGAACGGAGUCAAUGGUGUUGAAGAUCGAAUGUCGAUCGUAUGGGAAAAAGGAGUCACCACAGGGAUCUUGACACCUGAACAGUUUGUCGCCGUCACCAGUACGAAUGCUGCCAAAAUAUUCAACAUUUAUCCGAAAAAAGGAUGCAUCUCUGUUGGAGCAGACGCCGAUAUCGUUAUCUGGAAUCCGAAAAAGACGCGUAAAAUAUCAUCGAAAACACAUCACCAAGCCGUCGAUUAUAAUAUCUUCGAGGGCACCGUUUGUCACGGAGUAGCCGACUACGUCAUUGUAAAAGGACGCAUUUGCGUCGAAGAAGCCGAAGUAAAACCCACGCUGUCUCGUGGUCUCGGAGAAUUCUUACAAACUCCGGUGUAUUCUCCGUUCGUGUAUCCGGAUGCGGUCCCCAAUAAGAAAUCUAAUCAAUUGAACUUGGAAGACGAUUUGUUGAUCAAAGACGACGAAGACGAUCUGAACUUCGAAUUGGCUGAUUUGAACGCCGGUGAUAGUCCUUUAUCGGGCAGAAGUAGCGUCAGUAGUAUUCCAGGAUCGCCGGUAUCUCAUCGAUCGGGCAAAGCACUUCGCAGAGAAGGACAACGUGACUUACAUAGUUCUUCGUUUUCGGUCGCAAGUGACCAAACAGACGACGGUAAAAAACCGAGCAUCAGAGUCAGCGAACCACCCGGUGGCCGAUCCACCGGCUUUUGGUAAACGACACGACGUCAGGCAGAUGCCGCCAUCGACGACGUACACGAUUACCGAUUUAUUUAUUAUAUAAUAUAAUAUGUAUAAUCGUAUUUUUCCCAAUUGAGCAUUUACGAGAAUUUUCGAAAAAGAUAAAAAAAAAAUGAAAGCAUUAUCAAGCCAAAGCUUAGUUUUAUAUUACAUAAAUGUGACCGGAACCGGAACCAGAGAAUACUCGCCCGAACGGUACUGUUACCUUUGAGGCUUCGAUGGACAUUUUAGCCUCUUUGUAUCGGAGCUUCCCCGGUUAAAUUGUAAGGUUUAUUUAAUACGAUUCUACUUUAUUUAUACUACAUAGAGAUAUUCGUUAUGGUUUGUUUAUCGUUGUAUAGCCUUUGUUGGCUUUUUCAUCUGUAUCAGUAUUAAGUAUUUUUAACGCAAUGGAAAUUUAGCUUUAAUUAGUUUAUUUUUCUGCGUGUAUUUUUAUAUACAUAAUAUAAUUAGUUGAUUUUUCAAAAACCCAUUUUUGUCUAGGCCUUCUUCGGCAUUUUGAUUUGAAAAUUUUUGCGUUAGUUUUCGAAAUUUUAUGUUUCGAAUGCUGUUCUACAUAAUUACUAUAAUAUGACGUAUGAAAUUAUACAUUAAUUUCAGGUAUUCAAUACCGUGGAUCAAAUAUUAAUUUUUUUUUCUUAGGUUGUUUUUCUUCAAUCAGUUAUAGCGUAGCACUUGUUUUAUCAUAUAUAUAUUUUAUGUGUGAGUGUGUGUGCGUGUAUCUUCUCGGUCAAUAAUGAGUUUGUUUUUUUUUAAGUUUAUACAUUUUGUUUUUCUAAUCAUUAUGUUACACUUUUUAUAAUUGUACAUCUAUGUCCUUAUUUUGGAACGCGAAAUUUUAUCAGUCGAAAGAGCUCGUUAUUUUUUUACAAUGAUUUUCACUUUAGUAUUUUGAUAUUUUGGAAUUUUUAUUACAUAUCGAAAGAUUCGCAAUGACAAUGAGAUAUGGUUGAAACUCGUGGUGGGCCAAACGUGGUGUGAUUUUCGUAUUUUUAUAUGCUUUGAAAAAAAAGUCCAGGUUUUCUAUCGUAAUUUUGUGUGCUCUUUUUCCGGAAGUUGAGGAAGUGGUUGUAUUUGGGUAUGAAAAUGAGACAAUUUUAAACGGAAUCUCGCUAUUUGAGUAUUUUACUAGAAGAAUUACGUUAGUAUUAAUUACAUUUAUGUUUAUAAGCGUAUAUGCGAUGGUAUUACGUGUUUUGAUUUUUGAUUUUUUUUUUUCUAUUAAGUACUUUUUUUUUUUUUCUUGAAACAAAAAAUCGUGUUUUUGUUGUUUUCUUUUAUUAAUCAAUGCGAUUCAAUGUUCAUUCUAACGCUAUCUCGCAGCUUGUUUCUUUAUGUUUUAUUUGAUCGUUAAUGUAUUUUUCUUUGCAUUUAUGCAAGUUAAUAAAUUUUAUUUGAUUGUAGAA